UGAAAAGUUUAUAACGAUACAAUGCAAGUGGGAAAUGCCAGUCGGUUGUGAGACAUCGACGAGUUAACUCGUGGUCGAUGUUUGCGCUUUAUUGAACUCUGUGGUUAUUGAUAACUCGUUUUAAAUAUAUAAACCGGACAAGUGCGAGUUGGAUUCGCAUACGAAGGGUUCCGUAUCAUCUGACAAGAAAUAACACUUUUUUUGUGAUAAGUUUACGAUUUUCGAACUUUCCCCUUUACCUGUGCCAUUGCUCCCUGCCAAGUUUCAUGGUUCUAAGCCAACGGGAAGUAGGUAUCCUAUACGUUUUGAUUUUCUUGCCCAGUCUUGACAGACAGACAACAAAGUGAUCCUAUAAGCGUUCCUAAAACGAUACGGAACCCCAAAAAUUGAUAAACAAUUAAUGAUAAUGGCUAUCUAAAGCACGCUUUCCGUUAUAAAAGUUGUGCCUAUGUGAAGAACAAUAUUGGGAUUUUAAAUAGACAUAUAUCUUUACAUCGAGCUUUUAUAGAACUCAUCUACCUUCUAAAGUGCCAUAGACCAUUUAGUUCUAAGUAGUUCACAGAUCUGUGCAGAACAAUUAAUUUAGAUUUACAAUCAUUGUUCUGCUGUGCACAAUGAAGAUAGAGAGAACAGGCCCAACGGUGUAUAAAAUGGAGGUGGGGGUCCGGAUAGUGGGCAUCAUCCUGCGAGUCCUCAACUUCAUACUGGCGCCGCUGUUCUGGCUGCGCGGGCGCAAGAACGACAGCCUGCGCGUGCAGCCCAUCCAGGACACUGUGCUGCUGCAGAGCGCUUCCGAACUCGCUGCUGCCAUACGAAGCGGGAAGUUGUCCAGUGAAGAAGUGGUGACCAGUUUCAUAGAGCGAAUCAAAGAGGUGAACCCCCUACUCAACGCGGUGGUGCAGGAGAUAUUCUCCACUGCGAUAGCGCAGGCCAAGGAGAUCGACCUCAUGCUGCAGGAAGUCAGGAUCAAGGGUCAGAUAGAUGAGCUGAUGCUCACUAAACCCUUGCUGGGGGUACCGUUCACUGUCAAAGAGAGCUGCUCACUUAGCGGAAUGUCAAACUCAGUAGGAUGUCUGGAGCAUCAAGGCAGAGUGGCCCUGAAAGAUGGUGAUGCGGUGAACCUGGUGAAGAGAGCCGGGGCCAUUCCGUUACUGGUGUCGAACACUCCAGAGCUGUGCCUUGGCUGGGAGACGACGAACUUACUGAACGGGACGACGAAUAACCCCUAUCGUCUCAGCACCACUCCCGGGGGGUCGUCAGGGGGAGAAGCGGCUCUGCUGGCGAGCGGCGCGUCUCCACUGUCGGUGUCGUCCGACAUCGCCGGCUCGAUCCGCAUCCCCGCGGCGUAUUGCGGCGUUUUUGGACACAAGCCCACUCCUGGAGUGAUAUCAAUCGAAGGGCACGUCCCGACGCUAACGGACGAGAACUACCCCAAGUUCCUCACGGUGGGGCCCAUGACUCGCCACGCGGAGGAUCUGCCCCUCCUACUGUCCAUCAUGGCGGCGGACGAGGCGCACAAACUCAACCUGCACAAGCCUGUACCCGUCAACCAGUUGAGGAUAUACCACAUGACGGAGGCGGCCAAGACGGCGGCGCUGCUGGGCGUGCACCCCGCCAUACAGAACGCAGUGCGGAAGGCCACGGACUAUCUGCACAACAAGUGUGGCGCUGCGCUAUGCGAUGAAAAGUUCAAGGAAUUGGAAGAGUCGGUCGAAAUGUCGGUAUCGGUAUUCUUCGCGAUGAAAGACAUCCCUAACAUGCUUCAAGACCCGCUCGACCCUAAGCACGAAAAGAAUCUGCUAAUGGAAAUAAUAAAGUACUUCAGCGGAAACGGCUCGCGCUCGUUACAAGCGCUGGGCUUCGCGUUGCUGCGGGAGAAGCUGCUGUUCAUCCCGCGGCGGCGCCUCAAGCACCAUCGCGAGAGAGCGAGUCGACUGAAGACGAUCAUGACGGAAAAGCUGGGCACCGACGGAGUGUUUCUGUACCCUGUUCACAGUUCGCUGGCACACUAUCAUCACCAAGUAUUCCUCCGAGCUUCGGGAGUGAUGUACUCGAUGCUGUUCAACGUACUGGGCUUCCCCGCCACUGUGGUGCCCAUGGGCAUGCACCAGGGGCUCCCCGUGGCCAUACAGGUAAUCGCAGCACCAUAUCAAGACAGACUAUGCUUAGCGGUCGCGAAACAACUGGAAGAAGGAUUCGGUGGAUGGCAACCUAUAGUAUAAACUAGGAUAAUAGAAUUAAUGGUUAUAGAUAGUUUAAUCCACGAAGACGCGCCCACUAUUUCUCCUGCGAGGAGUGAUCAUGUUUACUUAGGGUUCUGAAGGGUGCCAACGGCACUAUUAUCACAAAA